GCAAGUCAUCUAUUUAUUCUCCUUCCGCGUUCAGAUUUGAGAACGUCUUUCGGUCCUGAUAGGAGUCUUUGUUACAAAGUCUGGAGCGUUGCUACGCCGCGCCUCAUCUUCUCCGCAACUUGCAACUCCGAGCUCCUUCAGGUAGCCGUAUUUGGGGUGCACAACCGUGCCUCUGCUACAGCACGUUAGGUGCACAGCUUAUUCAUAAGAACUGCGAAGCUUUCACUUAGGAGUCCCCAUGUGAUCGGCACUACAAAAAGCAAGGCUCCGCUCGACCCCCAUACUCUUUUCUCGCAGUCGCUCAUCACCCAUGAACCCGGACUCCGCAAUGGACCGCACAGCGCGCUGGGUGCAGCAGCACUCCCAACAUAGUUAUAGACAGCAAAAUGCGACGUCUAGGAACCACAUAAAGCCUCUAAGGCCAGAAGGAACGUCGUCGCAGCAGUCGUCAAGAACGGACUUAGGCGGACAGGAUCGUGGCGUAGGAUCGGGAGGACGUGCCUACGCGAAGCAAUCGUCGACGAUUUACGCUCAUGCUGGCUCUUCGUACUCAAACAGACAGCCACCUCUGGUCGAUGAACCCCUGUCUUCUUCUCACCGUCGAUCCCGGUCGCAUUCAGCUUCUGUUCCGCAAGACCACCGUACACCUCCGCGGCUAAACAUACCAGCCGCGUUAUACCGAAAUCCGAACUUGCCGGCAUUCGUUCAAGGUCCACCUGGAUCAGGCUAUCCAAUGCCAAUGCAAUCAGUGCGCCAACCGCACCCACAUCCUCGAGCUGUGGUGCCUUCUCCACCCAGCCCACCUCUGCAAGUUCCGGCUCCUCUUAAUCCAAAGAAAUCCCGACCCACUGUCCACAAGCGACGGCCUUCACUGUCUGGCACAACAUUCGAGCCUCCAGCCUACGGAAGCUACCCGUACAGAGAGCCAGACACCAGAGAACCUCGUGUCCAGGGUCAAGGGGAUAUGUAUCGUGCGCGGGGUCGCUCCGCAAGUGAGUCACGCAGAAGAUGAGAGGAGAUGAGUGCCCAUUAGCCAGGGCAUGCGCCAUGCCUCGUUGCAAAGCGCAGGUUUUAGCGUGCUAUGAAACUCUGUUGACUCCUAUUCUUUUUCUCUUCACUUUCUCCGUUUUCAGCCCUUUCCUAUCGCGUCAAUUUAUUUUCAGUACCAUUUAACUUCUGACAAAAAAGCUCACCCCUUCUUUCAUGUGAAUUUCAAAAACUUGCUUUUUAUCUCGCUUUCAUUGUUCGUUAGGGGCGGAUGUCACUGCUUUGGCUGGGAUCUCUUACGUAUUUUUAUUUAUCCCUGCUUGUCCAGUACUGCUUUUGUAAUUUCUCAGUAGACGCUAAUUCAUGGAUGUUACCCGC